AUGAAAAAAUUGGAAGCAGCGAAUCCGUCGAGUCUGAAGACGGAAGAACGUGUAUGGGUCCCGGAUGCUGUCGAAGGAUUCGUAAUGGGUAUCGUAAUUCGGAAUGUAGCCGAUGAUCGUGUUUUGCUAAGGAUCGAUGGCAGUAAUCGUCAGAUGACCACAUAUUCUGGUCUUUUUUGUGUUGUUAUCAAUCCAUACAAAUGGAUGCCGCAUAUUUACUCGAACACUGUGAUGAGCAGUUAUCGUGGACGAAAACGACACGAAGUACCACCGCAUGUUUUUGCUGUAACCGAUUGCGCCUAUCGUGAUAUGCUCCAUCGGCUGCUUGAUAAAAUUCGCGGUUAUUUCCAGAAUGUAGCCGAUGAUCGUGUUUUGCUAAGGAUCGAUGGCAGUAAUCGUCAGAUGACCACAUAUUCUGGUCUUUUUUGUGUUGUUAUCAAUCCAUACAAAUGGAUGCCGCAUAUUUACUCAAACACCGUGAUGAGCAGUUAUCGUGGACGAAAACGACACGAAGUACCACCGCAUGUUUUUGCUGUAACCGACUGCGCCUAUCGUGAUAUGCUCCAUCGAGCUGGCAAAACUGAAAAUACGAAAAAAAUCAUUCAGUAUUUGGCAGAUGUAGCAGGUGCAGGACGUCACAUUCGUCCCGGUGGUUCUCGUAGUCCAGGAAGACCGAGCACGAAUUUACUACAACCAUCGGUAACACAUGGAGCACUGUCGGAAAGCAUGUCUUCUGUUGGUCAUCUCGAAGACCAGCUACUUCUGGCGAAUCCGAUCCUUGAAGCAUUCGGCAACAGUAAAACGGUGAAGAAUGAUAAUUCAUCAAGAUUUGGUAAAUUCAUACGUAUUAGUUUUGAUCAAAAUGGUUCACUAUUACUGGACGAUAUUGACAAUUAUCGUUUCUUGACAAACGGAAAUUUGCCAAUUCCGGAUGUGGACGAUGCAACCGAAUUGUCAAAUACAGUGGAUGCAAUGAAAGGAAUGGAUUUUGCGGAAUCUGAUAUUGACGCGAUAAUGCGAAUAACAAGUGCGGUUUUACUGCUGGGAAAUAUGUCGUUUACGGAGGAUCGCACUUCCGAACAAGCAGUACUUGUUGAUGAUCGAGUUGCACAAAAAAUCUGUUGCUUGCUCGGAUUGCCUGUAUCCGAUUUAACACGGGCAUUCCUGAAGCCACGAGUAAAGGUAGGACGAGAUUAUGUACACAAAGCACAGACACGUGAACAAGUGCAGUAUGCUGUAGAAGCAAUAGCAAAAGCAUGUUAUGAGAGAAUGUUCCGACUUCUGGUGAUCAGAAUUAAUCGUUCAUUGGGUCGUACAACGAACAGUGCAACAACAUUCAUUGGAAUUCUCGAUAUUGCUGGGUUUGAGAUUUUCGAGUUGAAUAGUUUCGAGCAGUUAUGCAUCAAUUACACCAAUGAAAAGCUACAGCAACUAUUCAACAAUACAAUGCAUGCGAAAUUCAUUGUGCCGGAAUUUCGAACAAAAUCCGAUUUCGCCAUUAUUCAUUACGCUGGACGCGUCGAUUAUUCCGCAGGUCAAUGGUUAAUGAAAAAUAUGGAUCCGUUGAAUGAUUCCGUUGUAUAUUUGCUUCAGAAUUCAAGCGAUCAAUUUGUGAGUGAAAUGUGGAAAAACGCGGAAUUUGCAAGUUUGGGAAUGACUGUUCAAAGUGAUGAUAUGUUUGGUGCACGAACAAAGAAAGGAAUGUUCCGUACGGUAGGCCAAACCUACAAAGAACAGCUGGCACGCUUAAUGAAGACCCUACAGAAUACCACGCCGCAUUUUGUUCGUUGUAUUAUUCCGAAUCAUGAAAAAAAGGCUGGUGUCAUCAAUGGGCCAUUAGUGUUGGAUCAGUUGCGUUGUAAUGGUGUUUUGGAAGGUAUCCGCAUUUGUCGACAGGGUUAUCCAAAUCGAAUGCCUUUCCAUGAUUUACGCCGACGAUACGAGCUUCUUGUUGAACCGGGAACCAUACCGCCCGGUUUCUUGGAUGGAAAGGAAGCAGUGAGGCGUAUGCUUUCUGCACUGGAAGUGGAUCCGAGUCUGUUUUCGAUUGGCCAAUCCAAAGUGUUCUUCCGAUCUGGUGUUAUCGCCGCACUAGAAGAGCUACGGGACAAGGAAUUGGAACGAUUUGCGAUUCGAUUCCAGGCGCAUUGCCGUGGAUAUCUUGCUCGUCGUACUUUCAAAAAACUCAUGCAGCAAGUUUCGGCAAUUCGAAUUAUCCAGAGAAAUGGUGUCGCUUGGAAACGCCUAAAAGAUUGGCAGUGGUGGCGUCUUUUUGCAAAGGUUAAACCACUUCUGGAAGUAACGGCAAGCGAAAACGCUAUAGCAGCGAAAGAAACGGAGCUGAAAUGCUUACGCGAAACACUUCAGCAAAAGGAAUCUGAUUUGCUUGGAUAUACAUCACGCAUCGAACAGCUUACCAGUGAUCGUGCUGAUUUGCAAAAAUUGCUGGAGGCGGAAAGUGCUGAAAAAACGGAUCUGGAAGAUAUGAAAGAUCAAUUGGCAUCAACAAAAAUGCAACUGGAAACUCAACUUGUGAAUUUGAGAAGACAUUAUGAAGAAAAAGAAGCGGAAGUGUCGAGUGCUUGUGCAGCUCGGAAGAAACUGGAGGAUGAUUUGGUGGUUCUGAAAAAGCAAUUACGAGAACAAACAGAAACAUGUGAGAAAGUGCAAGCAGUGAAUGUUACUGUUGAACAGAAAUUAAAAAAUCUUACGGCCGAGAAGGACCAGCUAGCUGAGGCGAACGAAAAGAUAGCAAAAGAAAAGAUGCUGCUGGAAGAACGAUUUUCGGCUGCAACACAAAAAGUUGUGACCGAGGAAGAGCAAAAUCGUCAAAAUGUGAAACUAAAGGCGAAACUGGAAGCACAGCUGGCUGAUUUGGAACAUGAGAAUAAGAUGCAGAAGAAGGCUUUUGAAACAGCAGAAGCGGCAAAUCGAAAGCUGACAGCAGAAACACGAAGUUUGCGUGAAAGUAAUGAGGAUUUGUUGAAGAAACUGAACCAGCUAAGCACUCAGUUGAAAAAGAAGGAAGAGGAGCUUAUCACAACCCUCACACGCUGUGACGAAGAGCAAUCGCAAAAACAGACGCUGAGCAAACAGAACAAAGAAUUGAUGUUUGAGCUACAGGAGUUGAAAGAGGACCUGGAAAGCGAAAAAGCGUUGAGAGCAAAAUCGGAGCGAGGCAAACGAGACUAUAUGGAAGAGCUGGAGGCCCUCAAACAGGAAUUGCUGGAAUCACAGGAUAAAACGCAGGCUAACGUACAACUGCGAGCUGAACGGGAGAAACAAUAUCUGUCAGUCAAAAAAGAGCUCGAAGAAUCGACGAAUCAAUAUGAGCAGAUCAUAGCGGAUCUGAAAGAGAAACAUUCAAAGCAGUUGGAUGAAAUCAGAAUGGAAAUGGACCAGCUGAAAAAGCAAAUGCAACAGGCUGCUAAAACGAAGAGCCGUGUGGAAAAUGAAUUGCAAGAAAAAGUACUUUUAAUUGAGCAAAAUCAAUCUGCCCGAAUGGAAGCUGAGCGAAAAAAGAAGAGUAUCGAAAGUCAGUUAAAUGAAUGGCAAACGAAAGCCCAGGAAGCGGAAGCGAAUAAUGCCGAACUGGAAUCUACAUUGACAAAAACGCAAUCUGAAAUUGCCCGACUCACACAAGAACUCGAAAAAAGCGAAAGCAGUUGUUUGGCUUUGCGUAAAAAAGUCGCUGAUUUUGAAGCACAAAAUGCUGAACUACACGACACGAUUAAUUUGGAAAAAUCGCAAAAUGAUACGCUACAGAAGAGGCUACAAGCGCGAGAGGAUGAAAUGGAGGUGAUGCGCGAAAACAAAGAGCGCGACGAGUCAGCUAUUCAAAAAUAUGAAAAGGAAAUCAGCUCUUUGAAGCAGCAACUAAUCAUCGUUAACAAAAAGAACGAAGAGAAACUUUUGGAGCAGUCCGAAGAAUUGCACAAGAAAUUGUCGAAAGAAUUGGAAGAUUGCCGAAAAGAGCUGGAACAAAGCGAAUAUGUUCGAUCACGGGCCGAAAAGGCCAAAGAAAAAUUAAUGCACGAAGUCCGGUCCAAUGAUUUAUUAGAUGCAUUUGAAAUGGAUAUUGAAAAUCUUACGAAUCGUGUUGCGGAGCUGGAAAAUAUUCGUAAUACACUCCAACUGGAACUCGACAAUGCUGUUACAAUGAAAGAUGAUAGUGGUCGUAAUGCACUGGAAUUGGAUCGCUCGAAACGUCAACUGGAAGCUGAACUGGCGCAAGCAAAAGAAGUAAUCAUCGAGCUGGAAGAUAGCUUACAACUUGCCGAAGAUGCACGCUUACGCCUGGAUGUAACGCUGCAAACAACAAACGCAGAAUUGGAGAAAGUUCGUAGCGAGAGAGAGCGUGAAGAAGAUGAAAGACGUAAAGCAGCACAGCGCAAG